GAGCCUCAUAGCCUUGUGGAAUAGGGGGAAUACGCAGUUGAGCCGCAUCGAGGGCAUUCACGUUCAUGAGCUGGAUGCAAUGGAUGAAGGGUAUAUAUGCAGACAUUAGUCCCGUUGAGAAUGGGGGUCUUGAAGAUCAAGUUCUGUACACACUACUCUCUCUCCAAUCUCAUCAUACUUGGACUUCCAAGGGAGAAAUUGCACGACUCAGACAAGAUCCUGAACAAUGGACUGCCCUAGCUCCGCCGACUGGCCUAAAGAGCUCACCGGUGACCUGGCAUGGACUGGUGCCGACUUUGAGUCCAACACUGAUGUUUUCACUGACAAGUUCUCAAGCCAAGAUAUUGAGGAGCUCAACUCCGCCAUCAAACACUUCCAAGCCCUGGGCCUUUCCCGUGGCCAUGCAGACCCUACCACAUUCCCUCUUUCUCAGGGACUUGCCAAACGGCUCCAGAAAGUCACGGACCAUGUGUACAACGGCCGAGGAUUCCACCGUAUCCGUGGCAUCAACCCCUCGGCUUACACAGACGAGGAAUGUGUGAUCCUCUACGCCGGCAUCACCAGCUACAUUGCUGAUCAGCGUGCAAGAAACAUUGACCACAUCCGUGACCGCUCCCGUGCCCAACUCUCGCAAAAGCUCAGCCCCCUCGAGCUCGCCAAGCCCAUGACAUUUCACACCGACAUCGACGUCGGUGACAUGGUCUCUCUCUUCGUCCAAAGCACUCCCCUCGAAGGAGGAGACCAGUAUCUCGCCCCCAUCGCCUCAAUCUACAACGACCUCAUGAAGCGAGACCCCGAAGUCUUGCGCAUUCUCUCCGAGAAUUGGUACUGGGAGCGCGUCCACCGCCCCGGCCCAAAUCAAACCAUCACCAGGACCUUCAACAGGCCCGUGAUUGGGUUCCACAACAACCAGCUUCAGAUCAAUAUGGCCGUUACGUUCUUGGGGGCGAAUCCCGCCAUCCCUUUCUCGCCUGAUGCUCCACAGCUUACACCCGAGAGGAUUGCUGCUCUUAAUCGGGUCCAGGAGGCCGCUACGCGUGUCAACCUUCGGAUUGUUCCCGAGGCUGGAGAUUUGUUGUUCAUCAACAACUUUGCUGUUCUCCAUGCACGUGCUGGGUUUGUUGACUCGCCGGAUGAUGUGUGGAACCAGCGGUACAUCAUGCGCCUGUGGCUGCAUGACAGCCACAAGGGAUGGGAGUCCGCUCCUGUCUUGCAGAGGAAGUUGGACGAGACGUUUGAUCUGAGUCCUGCUGAGAGGGCGUACUGGACCAAGGAUGAGAUGGACAAGGUUGCUCCUGGCAUGAGGAUCAAGCAGAUGGGCAUCUCUGCUAACCCGGACCAUGACUGA